AUGAGCAUCACAGAUGUCCUUAGCGCCGAUGACAUUGCAGCAGCCCUGCAGGAGUGCCAAGACCCAGAUACUUUCGAACCCCAAAAAUUCUUCCAGACGUCAGGCCUCUCCAAGAUGUCGGCCAGCCAGGUGAAGGAUGUUUUUCGGUUCAUAGACAAUGACCAGAGUGGAUAUCUGGAUGAAGAAGAGCUUAAGUUUUUCCUCCAGAAGUUCGAGAGCAGUGCUAGAGAGCUGACAGAGUCAGAAACCAAGUCCUUGAUGGCGGCUGCAGACAAUGAUGGUGAUGGGAAAAUUGGAGCUGAUGAAUUCCAGGAAAUGGUGCAUUCUUAAAAGCCCCAGGCUGUGGAGAUAGAGAC